AUGGGUCAUGUUCAUAUGUCAUUUGAAUAUCACAUCCACAAAAGUUGUUUAAAAAUUAGAAUAUGGCAGCUGAGUGACAUCCUUCUACCUCCACCACAAAUUUCCAUGAUCCAGUCAGUAUAUGUAAGAAGUUUUUUGACACCAUCCAAUUCUAAGUCAUCUAUUCAGCAUACUGAGGAAGUUAGAGUUGAAAAUUUGGAUGCACACAUUAAUGUCAAGGCACAUGAACAGAAACCUUUAACUGGCAUACAACAUGUUUUUACCCCAUCGAAUUUUAAGUUUUUAACACCUCUUGAAUAUUCCAAUAUCAAUGUUGAUGUGGUGCGUGAAAAAGGAAUUCAAAUUGAAGUGUGUAUGAUACAGAAAUCCAGUCGGAAAUCUUUUAUGAUAGGAAUGAUAAAUAUACCUCUUAAAAAAGCUGUGAAAAAAAUUGUCCGUGAAAAAAUACCUCUUAUUCCCUGCCUUAACUAUACCACUCCCAAUAAUAUGAGAGUUUAUAGUGCCACUGACCUUGACCUUGAAGGAAAUGGUGACCUUUUCUACACUUCACCAUCAUUAAAAGAAUUAAAUGGUCACAUGGCCCCUGCUGAAUUUGAAGAAGUCAUGGUGCCUGAUGAGAACUUAAUUAAACCUGUUCAUAUAAAUAUUCGUAAAAAGCGUGACAGAAAUGAUAAUGAGGUCAAGGUUGAAAAUGGUAAUAUGAGUAAUGAUAACAAAUCUCGUUCAAAUACUUUUGAAAACAUUAAAAAAUCAAAGGAGGAGUCAGAAAAAUUAGAUAUUAAUACAAAAAAUGAAUCAAAUCUAGAAAUUGAUAAGGACAAGAAACUCAUAAAGGUCAAUUUGGAUGACCUUGAAAUAAGUGACAUGGUGACAAAUGGUAUCCAAACCUCUCAGAAACACACUGAACAUUUAGAGGGCAAUAAUGGGAAAACUAAAUUACGUGUGCCUAUAGAUUUAGUUAUUGAUGACAGUGAUCAUGAACUUGAAGAAACCUUAUCUGGUUUAAAAGNUGGCAUCCCCUGCAGCAGUUUCAUCACGUCCUGAAACUCCAGUAUGGGAUUAUUACGACUUUGAUUUUGAAGAAGGGAUGAAGACCAAACAAAAACAAGGAAAGGAUUCAACAAGCUCUACAAAAUCAACUGACUCAGAAGUGACUCGCUCUAAUUGACCCAAAUUCUGACAAUUUUAGUUAGUUUUUGUUGAAUUAAUGUCUGAAAGAAGAACAUAACCUGCUAAAUAUUAUUUAUUGAACAAUCUGAUUUGUAAAUUGAAAAUUGGAUCAUUGGACAUAUUUCAGAGAAUGGUAUAUAUCUCUUUUUACAAUCCAUUCAUCCCAACCAAUACUGAUACUUUGAAAUGAUAUUAAUAUUGUUAUACUCCCACACAUUAAUGUGUAAUAAAUAAUUAAACUUGAUAUCAAAUACCAUACUUUAAUAGGCCUACCCAAUGUUUCAUAAAAAAGUUUUGACUUCAUCAGGGGAAGAAAUCUUCUGAGGUAUAAUUAUCAAUAAUCAAAUUGCAUCCCACCAUUUUGUGAUUUGACUCAUCUCUUGUUAUGUGGUGGGAGGUAAUUUGAUGAAACUUGUU